AAACUUCUGUAAUAUUACUGCCUUCAUUUUAACAUUAGACGUUAAACUUGGAGCCGAAUGAUAGGCUAUAUGACAAGCAAAGUCUUACGGGAUCGUUGUUUUUGACAUGUAAAUAUUAGGCUAUGUCUACAGAAAAAAGUAACAUAGCGACCGAAGCAUAUUAGGGCUCCUACGUUAUAAGUUUGUCAUUACGAUUUUAAUACAAGAACAGUUUGAGGCGGCGCUUCCCGGUAAGGGAGGGUCAUCUUCGAAUUGGGCGUGUGGCAGUCAAUUUUUUUCUGCAUUUCGGGCUGUAGUCCAACAGCUGCAGUUCCCUUCUGUGUGCUGCGUCGUAGACAGAAAGCCGCAAUUGUUUUCAGCGUUUUUAGUUAUUGUUUUUUUUCAGACGAAUGAACUAGUGUAUUUAACUUAACACUGCAGCAGUAAAAGCAAAAGGACAACAGACGACUUAUCUGGAAAUUAAGGUGGUGUCUCCUCACCCAGGCGGCAGCAUGUCCCUCCCCACUGACGCUGAGCCCAAGGAGCUCAGCCCUGUGGACUUCAUCCAGCUGCAGCAGUACAUCGACUACUGCAGGCUGAAGGUGAAGGACGUGAUGAAGGAGUUUGAUGCCAACGGCCAGCUGGUCCAGCACCGGCACGGAGAGUCCAUCAAGGAGGAGGGCUUCCGGCUCUUUCUGAAGGCAUACCUGGAGGUGGAGGAUUUCCCAGCGGACCUCUGCCAGCGCCUGUUCCGCUCCUUCCAGACAUCCGAGCCCGCGGGGCCAGAUGGAACGGAGCCCCCCACUGAAAGGGAGGUCUUCCUCAAGGAUGUUUCCUGUUACUUCUCCCUGCUCGAGGAGGGACAGCCACGCGAGAAGCUUGAGUUCACUUUCAAACUGUACGACAAAGAUGGCAAUGGACUCCUUGACAGUUCGGAAGUGGAUCGGAUUAUAGCCCAGAUGAUGCAUGCUGCAGAUUACCUGGGCUGGGAUGUCACCGAGCUCAGGCCGGUGCUGAAGGACAUGAUGACAGCCAUUGAUUCUGACGGCAGCGGCACGGUGUCCUUGGAGGAGUGGGUGGAGGGCGGGAUGAACAAUGUGCCCCUGCUGGUGCUGCUGGGGCUGAAGAUGACCCAAAAGGACGGGCAGCACCUUUGGAGGAUGAAGCACUUCAACAAGCCGGUGUACUGCAACGUGUGCCAGAGCAUGCUGCUGGGGCUGCGCAAGCAAGGGCUGUGCUGCACGUGCUGUAAAUAUACAGUCCAUGGGCGCUGUGCCAACAAGAACCCAUCCCCCUGCACCCGUACCUAUGUCAAAUCCAAAAAAGAUACUGGGAUAUCAGCCCAUGACUGGGUUGCAGGGAGCUGUGACUCUGGGAAGUGUGACAGGUGCCAGAAGAAGAUUAAGAGCUACCACGGGCUGACGGGGAAGCGCUGUGUUUGGUGCCACAGCAUGAGGCAUGAUGAGUGUGUGUCUCAGGAGCCCUCCGACUGUACCUGUGGGCCCCUGAGGGACCACAUCCUGCCCCCAUGGGCCAUCUACCCUGUCAUCAAGGAGAGGCCCAACAGCCUGAAGAACGGCUGCUCCAGCGCAGCGGAGGACAGUGAGCUGCAGAACACCACGCCCGACGGCCAGGUGCUGCAGAUUAGCCCCGUUCCAAACACGCACCCCCUCCUGGUGUUCGUGAACCCCAAAAGCGGAGGCAAGCAAGGCGAGAGGGUCCUGCGUAAAUUCCAGUACCUCCUAAACCCACGGCAAGUGUACAACCUCUCCAACGGAGGGCCAGGACCAGGGCUCCAUUUCUUCAGGAGUCUGGAGGACUACAGGAUCUUGGUGUGUGGGGGGGAUGGGACCGUGGGCUGGAUUCUCGAUGCUAUAGACAAGACCCAGCUGGUGGUGCGCCCCCCGGUGGCCGUGCUGCCCCUGGGCACAGGAAACGACCUGGCGCGCUGCCUGCGAUGGGGCGGAGGGUAUGAUGGGGUGGAUCUGGGGCGGAUCCUGAAGGAGAUUGAAGGCAGCUCCCAGGUGCUCAUGGACCGCUGGAGCAUCCAGGUGAUUCCUGACGAUGUCGCGGAGAGAGGUGACCCCGUUCCUUACGAGAUCAUCAACAACUACUUCUCCAUCGGAGUGGACGCCUCCAUCGCUCACCGCUUUCACACCAUGCGGGAGAAGCACCCCCAGAAGUUCAACAGCAGAAUGAAGAAUAAGUUAUGGUACUUUGAGUUUGCCACCUCCGAGACCAUUUCUGCCUCCUGCAAGAAGCUGAAAGAAUGUCUCACUAUAGAGUGCUGCGGGACCCGCCUUGACCUGAGCAACCUCUCCCUGGAAGGCGUGGCUGUCCUCAACAUUCCCAGCAUGCAUGGUGGCUCCAACCUGUGGGGCGAGGUCAAGAGGAUCGACAGCAAGGGCCAGGCCAAUCAGGACCUCCCAGCUGUCAUCGUGGACCCAGACAUCCUGAAAACAAGCCAGCAAGACUUGAGUGACAAGCGGCUGGAGGUGGUGGGACUAGAGGGCGCCAUGGAGAUGGGACAGAUCUACACUGGGUUAAAGAGCGCCGGGAGCAGGCUGGCCAAAACCUCACAGAUCACCAUCAGGACGAAUAAGCCCUUACCCAUGCAGAUCGAUGGGGAGCCCUGGAUGCAGCCGCCCUGCACGAUCCACAUAACGCAUAAGAACCAGGCCAGUAUGCUGAUGGCCCCGCCUGCCAGAUCAUCAAGCUUCUUCAACCUCAAGUAGACCCCCUACUCCACGCCCAUCUCUACCAAUCCCAUCCCCACCCCUGCCCCUUCCACAGCUGACAGAGUCGCUUUGCCUGUGUGCUCUUGUUCUGCAUCAAAACGAAUCUGAAGCUCUUGUGUGUAAAAACUGCCUGUGUAUAUUUCAACAAAAAUGUACAAUAAUGGGUUUCGUUAUGACACUGCCUGCACAAAACUACCAACCCAGUUUAGAGCACUCCUCUUAAAAAAAACAUUACUGAAAACAGGACAGAAUUGUCAAAGCUCAUGAGCUGUGCCACUUGGGGAAUAUUGGUUAUGAAUCUCACUCGGCACUUGGACAGGUACUGUAGUGUGGUUUGAGUGUGAUUUUUAGGUCUAGCACUCUCCUGUAUUUUCCUUCUGCUUUUAGGAAAAGCAUCAUUAACCAGUAUUGUGCUGACAUGCCCAUAGUGUACACUGUUCAUUACUCAAGAGGGUUUGUGCUCACUGGAACUGGAAAAAUGGAUCUAUCCCAUCCUGUGUUUUUAUGCCCCAUUCCAUAUUUUAAACUUUUGUCAUUUUAUGAUCUGUAAAUUCCUCACAGUAAAUAUAACUUACAUAGGACACGCAUAUUUGACUUGGCCUGCUGUAGAAUCCAGACUGCUUAUUUAUUGCCUGUUUGCUAACCUGUACAUUUUAAGAAUUCCCUUACAAAUCCUGAGAAAUAUAAUUGUAUCUCCCUAAAUGUUCUGUUAAUUUAAAUAAAGUAUGGUGGAAUAUUUUAUGGAAA